UAUUUAUCUUAGAGUUAAAAUUAAAAAGUUUGUCCAACCAAAAAAAUAAAAAUACCUAUCAUUCCGAAUAUUCCGAUCGUUCUCUUUAUUGUUUUCGUGGAAAAUUGGUUCAAAUUAACAUCUUUAUCUUACUAUUUAGUGUUCCGCUUAUUAACGACAAGAUGAUGGACUGCGUGGAAGAAACAAAUCACGACCCACUCUCAGCCCCCACCAUGUCCAUUCCAUCACCGUCAGCUGGGGACACUGUGGUGGAGAAGAAGAAACCAAGCGAGAAUGUAUCGCUUGCUGACAACAGCUUAUUGGUGGACAUAUCAGACGCCCUCAGUGAAAAAGAAAAAGUAAAGUUCACAGUUCACACCAAGACUACUCUGCCCGAGUUUCAGAAGCCAGAGUUCUUGGUGGUUCGGCAGCAUGAGGAGUUUGUGUGGCUGCACGACAGAUAUGAGGAGAAUGAGCAGUACGCUGGAUACAUUAUACCACCAGCUCCCCCACGCCCGGACUUCGACGCGUCGCGCGAAAAACUACAGCGCCUCGGCGAGGGCGAGGGCGCCUUGACUCGGGAGGAGUUUCUUAAAAUGAAAGAGGAGUUGGAAGACGAAUACCUGGCCACAUUCAAGAAGACAGUGGCCAUGCACGAAGUAUUCCUGCAGCGGCUAGCCUCGCACCCCGUCUUUCGGAACGACUCGCACCUCCGCGUGUUCCUCGAGUACGAAAGAGACCUCUGUGCGAAGCCGAGAGCCAAGAUACACCUCAUCACCACAUUGGUCCGCUCAAUGACAACAACAACAGACGAGAUCUACCUCGGCGCUACAGUCCGCGACGUGAACGAUUUCUUCGAACAGGAGACCACGUUCCUGCAGGAGUAUUACACGCAUCUGAAGGAGGCUGUGGCGAGGGUGGAUCGGAUGACUUCUAAACAUAAAGAGGUGGCUGACGCGCACAUAAAGCUGUCAUCGUGCAUAACUCAACUAGCGACCAGGGAGCAGCCGCACACAGAGCGCUUCCUCACUCGCGCUGCGGACACCUUUGACAAGUGCAGGAAAAUUGAAGGUCGUAUGGCGUCCGACCAGGAUCUGAAACUGGCGGACACACUUCGGUACUACAUGAGAGAUGCUCACGCUGCCAAAGCUGUUCUUGUCAGAAGACUCAGAUGCCUCGCCGCAUAUGAAGCCGCUAACAGGAACCUCGAAAAGGCCAGGGCUAAAAACAAGGAUGUACACGCUCCCCAGGAGGUUCAAGAGGCGGAGCAAGCUCAGGCCGCGGCGUGCGCACGAUUUGAAGAACUGUCUGCGCGUGCGCGGGAAGAACUCAUCGACUUCCGGGCGAGACGCGUCGCUGCCUUCAAGAAGAGCCUCAUAGAUCUGGCGGAGCUGGAGAUAAAGCAUGCGCGCGCGCAGCAGGAGCUGUUCAGGAAGUCACUGCAGGUGCUCAAGGAGUGCCAGUGAAUAUACUAAAGCUUGUACACUUUUUUUUUAAUACCACGUCGGUGGCAAACAAGCAUGCGGCCCGCCUGAUUGUAAGCAGUCACCGUAGCCUAUAGACGCCUGCAACACCAGAGGUAUUACAUGCGCGUUGCCGACCGUUUAAAAACCUGUACACUCCUUUCAUGUACGGGGAAAUUUAAACAUGCAAUGAGAACUGAUUUUUCUAAAAGUGACAAUCAUUGUGUUUGCACAAGGUACAUGUGCUAUCCCAUUCUAGCAAAUUUAGCGUGUUAAUUUGAGAACGCAAAUCGGUUAUAACCGUAUUGACAAAAUUUCGUUACCGAUAAUUGGAAACAAGAAUAACCGGUAACGGUUAUUUUCGGUUAUUUAUUACUUAAAUUCUAUGAAUUGAUCUUCUCGUCUGUGACUAUUAUUUUUGUCUUUCGUGUACUUUAUUAACGAAAAUAUACCAAAAUUACUUCCCUUAUUUAUGAAAUAUUUUGAUUGAAUAUUUUAUUUAUUUAUUUAUUUAAACUUUAUUGCACAAUACAUGAAGAGUACAAAUGGCGGACUUAAUGCCAGAAGGCAUUCUCUACCAGUCAACCAUGAGCCUAACCGAAAGAUCCUAAUUGGUGCAGGGUCAGAAUACAGAGUAAAAUGACAAAAAAAUAUCACAAAAUUAUACAUACAUAAAUAAUAUGAUACAUAUAUAUACAUACAUACAUAUACAAAUAUAUACCCAUUGUGAAACAUCAUGAGGACGACCUUUGAACCUUAUCUAACAGAUGCUUGCGCAACAUGAGCUUGAAGGAAAAUUUGUUCUGGGCUUGUCUCAUAGAGAGAGGAAGAUCAUUCCACAGCCGGAUUGCCUGAAUGUUGAAGAUCGUCCAAGGUCAUAUUUUCACUUUUACUGUAUUUUGUGUGUUUUAUUAAAAAAACGUAGACUUAUACUCACAUUCCGUAAUAGUUUACCUUUAUUCUCGUCAUUUUAUUAAUUGCUUGGUAAAUUCAUAUUUUUUUUGUCGAAAAUAACCAUUACCGAUUGUAACCGAUUUUCGGUUACUUUUCCGGCAUAACCAUAACCGAAAACGGUUAUGAAGUCGGUUAUUGCAUUCUCUAGUGUUAAUGCAAGUUACUUGCGCCAGUAGCUCGCACAUUCACUGGCUUUAAUCACAUGCGUCGUGUGCAAACACUAUAAUUCAAAGUCAUUUUAAAUUAAGAGUUUUGUUUUAAUUUUCUUAACCGUAUCACCCUAGACUACAGAUAUAACAUCAGUGUUUAAUAAUGCGUUAGGCGUUAUUAAUAAACACGCUACCUGACUCAAUUAGCUAUAAACCUGUCGUAAGUACUACAUUGUGAAACGACCCCCCGUAAGUGAAAUUUUGCAAACGAGGUCUUUAGAUGCACGACAGCCACAGGCUGGAGUGCAUUAAAGACUCGAGUUUGCAAUUUUCUUACCCCCGGGGUUGCAUACAACGUUUUUCAUCACAUUGCAAAGAAAAAACUAAAUUUUAAGGUAAAUAAGUCAUAAGGUAUACGGUGACAUUUCACACAUUCGUCCGUCUUAUUGUCAUUUUUGACAACAAGGCGGUUUUUUCGGUUUAAUUCCCAGAAAAAGUAAGCAAUUUUCAUUUUUUUUUUUUAGAAAUUCUUUGAAUGCAAUAUUACUUACUUUUAAAAAUAAAAUAAAGUCUUCUUUCAGCAAAAUAUCCUAUCUACGAUAUUUAAGGUACUUUCCCAUAGUCUUGGGACGGCCUGUAGACUCUCGUACAAUAAUUCACUUACCCCCCUCGUUUCUCAAUGUACGAGCAAGUGUGAUGAAAAGGGAUUUAACAUAAAUUGACUAAUUGAGGGCUGUAGAAUUGUAUGAAUAAGGGUAUCAAGGUGCCCUAGAAGAAAGAAAAAGAAAGUAAAGUGUGUUAUAGUGAAAACAUUUCUGUGGUUAAACAUGUUACACCUUACAGAAAAUCGCAGCCAAAUAACACUAGACCCUACUCAUAGUGUUGUGUUCCUGCCGGUGAGUAAGGUUGCCAGAGCUCAACGAGGGUGGGAGGGGGUUAGGAUCGGCAACGCGCAUGUAACUCCUCUGGAGUUGCAGGCGUAGAUAGGCUACGGAUACUGCUUACCAUCAGGCAGGCCGUAUGCUUGUUUGCCACCGACGUAGUAUAAAAAAAGUAAUGGUAUUAGAGAUCAAAUAUAUUUCGACUGAUGUAAGCAUUCUACUGUAACUUCAAUAUCUUGGUUUUAGUUACUUGAACAAUAUAUUAUAAUAAUUAUAUGAUAACGUUAUAUUCUAUUUUUGUUGGUGUUAUAAAGUUAAACAUAAGUUAGGAUCGAAAUAAAAUUCAACACAAAGGACAUUAUGUCGAUAUAAUUAGUUUGGUAUAUUCAGAAUCUGCUCAAUAGAUAUUCAACUCUAAAUGUAUGGGAAUAGAGUUAUUUUUUUUCUCAUUUCAUCAUAAUAAUUAUUGUAUGUUACUAGCCUCAAAGCCAACCCUUUGAACACUAUUCCUAUCUAAUGGGUUGGUAUUGGUCUUCGUUCGACAUGUCUUAAUGACUCCUCGUGACAUGGCCAGAUCACCAGCGAUCUGAAGGCUAGCUAGAGUGAUAUGAAGAGAUUUUUCGAGAUUGUAAGAGCUAGAAGUUUGUUUUUCAGCAUAAGUGAGAAUUCCGCAGAAGUAAGCUUUAGGAGUUUUAACCUUUUUGGCGCCAAUGACGGAUAAAUCCGCACUGUAGGUCCAACGCUGGAGACGGAUUAAUCCGUCACAGACCACAAAGCAACAUAGACCUACGUGCAUAUGAUUAAGUUUAACUUCGGUUUUGAUACUUCUGUGACGUGGUGUCCGAGUGACAUAUUUUGUGUUUGACACGGCGUCAACGGCGGCGCCCCACUAAUUUUAUAUUAUAUUUGCCAAUGGAUACAUCUGUGAGGACACUAUUGUCAUCAUCAUAAUUUAGAAACGGCAUAGGAUACUUUCCAGUCACGAAUUUAUGGUGGCUGGUAUUAUUUACUUACAAGUUUUACCGCAUUGGUGUUUAUUUUAGAACCUUAUAUUUAUUUCUACGGAGUUUUUUUCUUAUCCUAAAAAACGAACGAUUGAUAAUAAAAUAUUAUGAUAAGUUUAUCUUUGCUAGAUCUUGUUUAUAAAAAAUGGUGCCAGCACCAACUGUGUCUAAAUAUAGUAUCAUACAUAUUAUUGCGCCAAAUUACUUUAAAAGCGUUAUAAUAGUUAUUUAAAUAAAAAUAGGAAAUUCGUCACGAGUGGCGAUAUAUUAAAACACUACCAAAGGGAGUUGCGAAUUACCUAUUCGCACAUGUAUCGUACAACGUUUUACAGUACAUAUGACCCUUUAAAUGUUCUACACAGUAACGUAAUAUGCUAAUUUUCGCACUAGUGCGGGAAAGUAGUACCAUAUGUACUGUAAUAGUACAUUACGAUACAAGUGCGAAAAAUAGGAAAUUCGAAACGAGUGGCGAUAAAUUAAAACACGACCGAAGGGAGUGUUUUAAAUCGACACGAGUUGCGAAUUACCUAUUCGCACAUGUAUCGUACAACGUUUUACAGUACAUAUGGCCCUUUAAAUGUUCGACACAGUAACAUAAUAUGCUACUUCUCGCACUAGUGCUAUAAAGUAGCCCCAUAUGUACUGUAAAGUACAUUAUGAUACAAGUGUGCUACGCUGGUCAAUAAAUUGGAGGCGAUAAGAAAGACGAUGUGUGUAAUGACCAAAGCACACGUGUUUCAUACGAAGUUUUUCAACACACGAGGAAAAAACAAAAAUUAUAUAUUAAUCAAAUUUAAAUUGUUAAAACAGGAAAGGUAUAAUUAAAAAAAAACACACUGGUUUAAUAUCUAGGUUUAUGAGCCUAAAAGCGGUUCAAUAAGUUCGACAUUACAAGCAAGUGUGUUGAAAAAUAAGUUACAUUAUUUGUGGAGUAAGCAGGGUUCAGAUGAUUUUAGAUUUUAUCCCUGCUAUGAGUUUAUUUAACCUUUUGAACGCCAGGAACACCUAAAGGCGUCGUUACUAGUCGUGCCCACCGCGCUAUGGACAACUAUAGGUGUUAUGGCGGACGCUGUCAAAGUAAGCUUCAUACUUUCAAGUAAGGUUUACAUUAUCUCGCUUGCACCCGGGAGCUUGGCAUGUCAGUGACGAUUUUGUUUAUGACGUGAAUCGUUCAAAAGGUAAAGCAGUGUUUUUGGAACGUGAGAACUAACAACUACCAAAGAGAAGUUGUUUGUUAACAUUAAAAGUAUUUCUGUCUGUAUUAAGGGGUGCAAUUUUUAUAUUAUUUUGUGGACCAAAUGUUUUUACAAGCUAUUUUCUUUAAAAUAUCAUAAAUGUACUGAUUAAUUGUUUUAUUUAAUGUUUUAUAAAUAAAUAUCUUCAAUAUGUUUUUAGGUCGAAUAUUUUGAGCCACUUACACUUAGCGCCAUUUGCACCACCCACUAACCUCUGGGUUAACCGGUUAAACCGUUAACUCAUUGUCAAAUUUUAUUGACAACCAAGGUAACUCAAGGUUUAACGGGUUAACCCCGGAGAUGGUGCAACUGGAGGGAAGUGUUACUUGGAUUUUAUAGACCAAUCAAUAUCAAUAAGGCAAGUGAUUUAAACAAUAAUUGCGCCUUUUGUUUUCAAUAUGGAUCACUUGAUGGAGUCUUAGCUUGAAGUAAUUUCGACCAUAUCGUUAUCAAACACUUGUUUUUAAGCAAAAUUUGUACCGCUCUUGUAUCUUGAGUGUAAAAAUGUAUCUCGUAUUUUGGUUAAAUUUAUUUUAUUGUAAUAAAAUAUAUGAAAUUAAAUUGAA